GCGGAGUGUCGGUGUUGGUAGGCCUGGCCGCGAACGAGAGAGCGGAGUCGCGGUCUGUCAGAGUCCACAGUCCUAACUCGGCCUCAGGCUGCGAUAGAUCGUAUCACACCACGCGGCUUCGAUCCCGCCGCGAAAUCAACCCAGUCCCGCGAUCGACUACCGCGAGUGAUCGCGAUCUCGUGGUCUCGCGCGCGCGCGCGCGUGUCAUUCAAUUUCAGGGGCAGCUCUUUUUCGCGGGCCAACCUCGCGAUCGACCUCGACCCGCCCGCGAGUGACUCGAACGAUCUUUAAAUAGCAGCGCGAAAAAUCGGUUGCUGUCUGCGCCACGAACAAUCGGAUCCACGAACGUUGCCCCGAGCGCGGAAAUUCUUCUCUUUUCUCGUCCCGCUUCAUCGGCCGCUUCCGCCGAUCGUCGCCGAUCGCGACUAAGCGGAAGUCGUGCGAGGGCGGGUUACCGCGAUCGCAUUCCUAGGAGCACGGAAUAUACCGGCAAGGAUACUGUUACGGGAGAUGCCAUCGAGAGCGCGGUGCUGCUGAGGCCACGUCUGAGCAAACGAGUCGUAAAACAGAUUGAAAGAUGCGCGCAGCACCGCCCUUGCUGUCGUUCCUCCUGAUCCUCUUGUAUCACGCAGGAUGGAGCUAUGGGCUCUGCAAGCUGGAGAACAGCACGGCAGCGGUAUGCCACAAGCUGGAGGACAUCAAGCACAUCGACACGCACGACCUGGAGUUCCUGAAGGCCUCCGUCGCGCAAGAUGUCUUAACGCCGGGCUCCUUCAGCGACUUGGGCAAUCUCAGGCACUUGGACCUGUCCGGAGGCGAUCUGAGAAAGAUCGAUCGGGAAUUUUUCAAAAAUCUGAGUGACCUGAGAAGCCUCAACCUCGGCGACAAUCGCAUCGAGUACCUGGAACUCGUGUCCUUGGAGGACUUGACUCAACUCCGCAGUCUGAACCUGCGAAGAAACGCUAUCCGGCAAUUGCCACCUGCGCUGGCGCGCCUCAAGAACCUGAGGCACCUGGACAUCCACGGCAAUCCACUGGAGUGCAAUUGCGCCACCCUCAAGGUGCGCGAUCUUAUCGCGCAGAGAGGCGUGACUAUGUCGAAGAAGGUUAUGUGCGCGGGUCCUAACAACAUGAAGGGUACGUCGUUGAUGAAGCCGAACGCGGCGAUCGUCUGCAGCCUGGAGAAGCAGGAUCGGGAGAUGCAGAACGAUCAGGCGGACGGAUCCGGGAUGGAUUCAGGAUCUGGGGAUACGUCGGACGCGUGGGAUGAUGUCCUCAGCAAAGAGGACGAAGCGGAGGAGGCGGGGCAGAAGGGAGAGGAAGCAGAGGUGGAGGAGAAGGAGGAAGAAGAGGACGACGAAUAUGUAGAAGUUCACAACGGCUCGUCAGAGAAACCAAAAGAGGCGGAAAUGGAGACGCCCUUCGAGGCCGUGUCUCCAGACUUCACGACGAGAUCUCCUGCGGUUGAAUCUAUUACCUUCUCAAAAGAGUCAAUCGAGACCUCGGAGGUGAGCACAACAACGAGCUCUUUGCUGCCAACCACGGAGGACGAUGAAAUUUUCUUCGACAGCGAAGAAAAGAGGGAGCAAUCGACUACGACCGAGAUGUCGCAUAAGAAGGAGGUCAUCAAGGACUCUCUGUUUUAUCCGGCCUCUGGCGAUAGCUACGACGCUUCCGGCGAAGGAUCCGGAGCCGGCUACGAUGAAGAGACGACUAAUGUAGAAGAUGAUAGCAAUGACAACUCGUUCCUUUGGAACGUCGUCACUGGUAUCGCUGGUUUUCUGGGCGCCACCGCGACUCCGCAGGAGCCGAAGGACUCAGAUCUCGAGGAGGAGCAGUUUAUAAUGUCCACUAGGCCUACCAUAGAGGAGACGACCGUGCCGAUUACGUUCCACACAUUCAGUGGCGAAGUCGAGACGAGAACAGUUGCAACAUCGAUCGCCAAUGGUGUUGAGGUGAUGAAACCCGCAGACGACGGCUCUAAGUCCGGUAAUGUCAAGGCCGAAGUGGACAGCCUGAACGACGAACUGGCCGAGGUGUCCACCUCCAAGCAGUCCAAGAAAGGAAUGGGUUCAUACGUUGUUCUGGCGAUUCUGCUCGCCGUUUUAGCGGCGCUGAUCGGCUUCGCCGCGUACAAGGGCGACUUCUGCCGCAAGAAGAGAAAACCAAACGACGUGGAGAACGGCACGGAGCUGAAAGACAUGCAGAAAUCCCUCCUGCCGGACACCGGCAACUCGAUCCAACCGAAAAUCGCCUCGAACGGGAACGCUGAGAACGUUCCUCUCGUGGAUGGCGCUCCUGACGAGGACGCGAAGCUCGACAAGAUUCGCAACGAUGAUCACCACACCCAAGAGGCACCGCGAUCUCUCAACGGCACCGUCGACCACCCGGACCCCGUGAAGCCGCCCAGGAAGCAGAUUACUCCCCAGGAUAACCAGAUAGUGGAGGAUAGACCUCGUGUGGAUGUGAAUUCCUUGAAGGAGAACUUCCUGGCGGAUCGGCCGAGCCCCGUGCAGCCCUCCCCGUCAUCAGCAACGAUGAACAAUGGGCCGGCGACGCAUGUCUCAGAGCCCAACGGACCCCCGCUAAGUCCCGGAGCGCAGAGAGUGAGGAUCACCCUACAGGAGAUCCCCGACAGUGUGCCAAAGACGCCCAUACUCAUUACGCGAACGAUGGCCGGUGAGAAUCUAGUCAAAACGUCGUGAAGCAGUGCCCUGAACAGAGAAAGAAAGAGAGAGAGAGAAAGAGAGUCUACAUGAGAUAACGUGAUGUCACAUCGAUGGACUGACGUGUUCGUGUGCCGAGAGACGAGAGAGAGAGAGAGAGAGAGAGAGAGAGAGAGAGAGAGAGAGAGGGGAAAAAGAGAGACAAGCAAAUAGAACGUAGUGCGAGAACCAAGGGGACAGUUUUUGACAAACCAUAUACCCCGGACGUGAUUUAUAAUACGCCGUUGUUCCUAGGCCCGAUAUGUAGACAGCCUCCUUCUAACGAUGGACUUUUGUAAUAAGAGAGAUUACUGGAUUGGUGGCCACGCGCCGCCGAAAGCGGCGAAAGGGACAACUGUCGUGUUCUCGGCAGGAUGAAGGUGUGCGACAGGCGGCUCAUACGGGUGUAACUUCGAGCAGCUUCGUUGAACAAUCGGACGCACGAAAUGCUACAUAUGCAUAUUUGACGAGAAUCUUACGUCUCACGCAUAGACUGUCCCACAUGUCGCGUUAUCGCUUCUUGUACGAUUAUCUUGUCUAAAUAUUUUUUAAUGCUUGAUAUUAAUCUUCUUAGCGCGACCUAUAUUCAAAUUAAAGUCUUGCUCGAGUAAGCAUUUUACUAAGUUGAUAAUAAGGUUACACGAGAUUCCCUACUUACUCAAUCGUGAUUUCUUCUGAAUUUCCCUGAAGAACAACCAUCAAUACUACGUUAUCGUGCUUGGGAGGUUAAAGCUUGCCGAUGCUUGAACAUAUAUUUAACUCUGAAUAUUUUUAUUGUUUUCCUUUGUUAAAUACGAAUAUUUGAACCUUCAACAUAGGGACAUAAUGCCUACAAAAGUUUUAUGAUUUCGAAAGAGAUCUAACACAGUGAUAAUGAUUCUUUUGUAAGUAGGAAUAUGUAGGAGAUCUUAAUUUUUUUUUUAAUAGAAUCAUAUUUAAUAGUUUUUCUAAUACAUAUUAAUUCCUCUAGUCAUCCUAUAUAAAAUCGAUUAUUCAAUAUAAAAAUAUUGAGAUGAAAUAAUUUAAAAAUUAUAUAUAUUCUAUGUUGAAAGAUAAAAUAUUUGUAAAAAACAAAACAAUAAGAAUGCUCAUGCGAAAAAACAAAUUAGUGUAACUGAAUUUUCCCUUUCUUGGGAAGAGCAGAGGUGACACAGAAAACUCGGUUGUAGAGUAAAAAAUAUUUCUAAUGCAGGGGAUUUUUAUUCAAAAUCAAUUGUCCUCAGUUGCCUCAAUCAAGUUUCAAAGCACCUGAAUGUUCAGACAAAUAUUUUCGCUCGCUGUAACAGACAUUUCUUUUUGCUGAAUUUUUGUUUGGUCUUCAAUUACACGAAGUGAGAAUUACAUUCCGUGUAGUCUACUGUUGCCACGUCAUUCUUUUCGAUUCAGCUGAUAAAAAUCGCGAUGUCUGGGACACUCUCUGUAUUUAUGUCAUACGUAAGGAUCCGCAGAUGGAGUGACACAGUUCAAAGAGUUCACACUAGUGCACUAGUCAGUCUUCCUAAAGGAUCUCGCGUGUCCCGCGUGCGCGUGCGCGAAAGGACCCGGAAGAACCCGCGUUAAUCGUCGUCGCGCGAGAUCGCAUCGCGAGGAUCGGCCACGUUCGCGAGCAACGUCAAGUGUCAGUGAGUCGAGGGAGCAUUCCGCAUUUCUGCCAUAUUUUUCUACGAAGCUUCGAUUGAACUCCGUCAGCGUGAGGACGACUGUGCCCCGAUCUUCUCCGAUCGAGCCGCGCGGAUUGUUUGCCAGCGCGACAAACGCGCGCGUACCUCGUAGUUUUAGCGCCGCAUUUUAAGUACGCGCGUCCACGCGAUUAAACGUGAGGAAAUUUGCAAUUCCAACGAGCACGACGAGCCUGCCAAUUAUGAAUAAUGGCCUCUGGCCCGUGGUGCGGAGUUGCGGAGUACGGAGUGCGCGGUGAACGGUUUGAUUCAGCAGUUUGAACGUUACACACAGGAGUCUCCGUUAUUUACGUCACAGAGAACGCAAUAUGUAAUAAUCUGUUAUCGUGUCAUUUUUCUGUUAGCGAAUGCGUGAUCCCCUCGCCCCUGAGACAGUUUCCUAGCGCGGAAGUGUCGCGGGGGGAAGAGAGCGACUCGAAUUUUUACACGGAUCGACACAUUUAUUCGUUGUGACGAAAUUCCAUGCAACGUAGAUUAAUGUGAAGAUUUACGCACGAGAUACGUACGAUGGACAUACUUCGUAGACGUUGAUCGCCUGUUUAAAUGGACACGCAUAUACAGAGAUGUGCAUACGGAGCGAGAAGGCGCCACGUAAUGCGUUAUCGCGCCGUCGUAAUCGAUUACAUAUUUCACGUACGAUUCUUUAAGCCAAAUGUGUCGGAUGUGUACGGCGUAUAUGAUUUAACUUUAAGAUAUAGCGCGGGGUCCCCGUUAGAUCGACCUGUUUCCAACAACAAUAAAGCGCGUCGCCAGUUUGCAUUAAGGAGAAACGCGACAAAAUCAACGGCUCAGUGAAGAUUGAAAGACUUUAUUUAUAUGUUCAGUCUUUGAUCAAUAAAAGAGAGUGUUAUUUUUUGUUGA